AUGAAGAAGAUUCUAAAUGAGGUUUGUCACAAGGCAUUUCAAGAUAUCAUGGAAAAGGCCAUGAUGAGUGGAAGUUCUAAACAAACCGUGAUUGAAAGCAAACUAACAAUGGUGCCACCUCCUUGUGAGUUAUCUUUGAGUGAAAGAAUGUCUCAUCUAGGACUUGGAGGUGACAUGAUGUCUACUUGGAGGAUGAAGGGAAAUAACGUACCAUAUGAAGAACGGAGCAUGUUUCUUACUUUCUCAAAGGGCUAUCCUGUUGCAGAAUGGGAAAUAAGGGAAUUCUUUACAUCAUAUUUUGGAGACAACAUUGAGUCUAUUAUCAUGCAAGAUGUGAAAUCCAAUGAACAAGCUCUUUAUGCUCGAAUCGUAUUUGUUACACCUGAAAUUGUAGAGUCUAUUCUAAAAGAUGAAUCCAAAGUUAAAUUUAGUAUUAAUGGGAAGCAUGUGUGGAUGCGGAAAUAUGUCAAAAGAAAUGGCAAGUCUUCCUUCCCAUAA